AUGAUCACUAAACACGCCCGCGCUCUCGGCGCCGCCCUGCUCGCCGCCCUCGCCCACGUGGUAGUUGCCGAGCAGACAACCCUGAACGUAUGGGUCCCCUUGGUCCCCGAAGACAAUGCAGGGCCGUAUUACUCUGCUGUGGUGGCGACGAACCAGCAGACUGUCAUCGCCCUCGGCUGCAAGACAGAGGACUUCAACUCAAGGGAGUGUCCCCCCUUCCGCUUCUCCAUGGAUAAUGAAGCGCAGUCAACGCUCGACUUGCCCCAACUUGUGGAGUGCACCAUGACCGGCUGCCCAAGCGCCACAGUUGCGACAUGCACAUCGGUAUACGCGGACACUGCGUCGGGAACUGGUCUCGUGACAUCCACCUCGACGCUGGGGAGCGAAGAUAUCAACUAUCACUCCGUCACCCUCGGUACGCCCAUCCCCGAUGAGACGACGACGAUAUUGUGCGGAACCAGGACUCCAGGUGAAACAGAGACUUCCUCUGCGGAUGAGCCAAGCAAUACCGGAACCGACGGCGAUGAUUCCGACAAUGCUGCCUCUAGGGCUGGCGGCUCUUGGGUGGCGCUGGCUGGUGCGGUGGUUGGCCUGUUGAUUUGA